UGUCGGGUUUGCGGGGUCAACAUUUCAUUCACGUUUCUCCUUCGCUGUUGAGGCCAUCCCCUUCAAGGCCGGAACAUCAUGGCGACCUUCCUCGUGCUGAAGAACCAGGCGAAGAUGCCCAUCGUAGGCCUAGGAACAUGGAAGUCCCCUCCAGGCAAAGUGGCGAGCGCAGUGAAGGCAGCCAUCGAUGUCGGGUACCGCCACAUCGACUGUGCCUACGUCUACCAGAAUGAGAAUGAAAUAGGGGAGGCCAUCCAGGAGAAGCUGAAGGAGAAGGUCGUGAGUCGGGAGGACCUAUUUGUCGUCAGCAAGCUUUGGUGUACGUUCCAUGAGAAGAGCUUGGUGAAGUCCGCCUGCCAGAAGACUCUGAGUGACCUGAAGCUGGACUACCUGGAUCUCUACCUUAUCCACUGGCCUAUGGGAUUUAAGGCCGGGACUGAUAUUUUCCCACUGGAUGACAGUGGCAAAGUGAUUCCCAGUAACACCAACUUUUUGGAUACAUGGACGGCUAUGGAAGAAUUAGUGGAUACAGGACUAGUGAAAGCCAUUGGGGUUUCCAACUUCAACCACCUCCAGAUUGAGAGCAUCUUGACCAAGCCAGGGCUGAAGCAUGCGCCAGUAGUUAAUCAGAUCGAGUGCCAUCCGUAUCUCACCCAGGAAAAGCUGAUUGAGUAUUGCCAGUCCAAAGGCAUUGUAGUGACAGCCUACAGUCCCCUUGGUUCUCCGGAUCGACCAUGGGCCAAGCCAGAGGACCCUUCUCUCUUGGAUGACCCCAGGAUCCAGGCCAUUGCACAAAAGCACAACAAAACCACUGCACAGGUUCUGAUCAGGUUCCAUAUCCAGAGAAAAGUGGUUGUGAUCCCCAAGUCGAUCACCCCAUCACGGAUUGCUGAGAACUUUCAGGUGUUUGAUUUUGAGCUGACCGACGAAGAGAUGGCAACUAUACUGAGCUUCAACCGUGGCUGGAGAGCCUGUGGCAUGUCCAAUUCCAGUUCUCACAAAGAUUACCCCUUCAGUGUCCCAUUUUGAGAUUCUGGAGAGCUGCCGCCUGGCGUCCAGAUGACCAGCUCCUGUUGCUUCCAGCCGUGCUGUUUGAUCAUGACAAAGCGUAUUCUUCUUCUACAAUGCACUGGUCAGCCCUGGAUGUCGCUUCUGAAAGCUCCGAAGGUCAGCGUUGGAUCUUGGCUUUCCUGAGUAACUCCAAGCUUUGUGCACCCUCUCCUGCCCCGUGAUGAGUGGUACAGAAUCACUGCCCUCUCCCCAGAUGUGGGCCCUGCAAACAAGAAUUAUUCCGCCAGCCAAUGGUUUUCUUUCCUUUAGUAACAAGUAGAUUCCAUCUGCUUGAAGUUAUAAAAACCUAACUUCUUGCUUUGAAUAAAAAAAAAAAAACAAAACCAAAA